AUGAAUAGCGUAGGGGAGGCCUGCACCGACAUGAAGCGCGAGUACGACCAGUGCUUCAAUCGCUGGUUUGCCGAGAAGUUCCUCAAGGGGGACGGCUCCGGAGACCCGUGCACCGACCUCUUCAAGCGCUAUCAGCAGUGUGUUCAGAAAGCAAUAAAGGAGAAGGAGAUUCCCAUUGAAGGACUGGAAUUUAUGGGCCAUAGCAAAGAAAAGCCUGAAAGCUCUUCUUGACCUUGACAGUCCCCUUGAAAAUAGACUCCUCCAAUCAGGAAAUUGAGGACACUGGAUUUCGUCAAUUAAGGUUGUGAAAAUAGCCACGGAUUUGAUGAGGAGUUUAGGAGGCAGUAGUCUUCUUUCCUCAUUGAUUUCCUCACUUGUAAAAGAUGAUGAACCAUCACUCUUUGCUUUGAGAUUUCUCACUUGCUCUGGCAUCGUACAUGAACUCCAUGUGCUUAAACUGAAUGAUUGCUUAGGAUUAUGGUUGCGAUACUUGGUCUGGGAUCAGCUUUAAAUAUCCUUUUUUUAUGUAAAUACUGAUAAACUUGUCAGGAUGAUCAGGGUUGCCUGACUUCUUGAGUUUUGCUGGGAAGGACAUUAGGUACAUUGUACUAGGGUUAUUAUUCAUGGAAGCAAUUUGUUAGGAUCUCUCUUUCCUCUCAGGGAGCUAAGGCUCUGAAAAGGGAUCCCAGCACAACGGUUUUAAUCAAUGCUUGGGAGCACGAUUUUACUUUUAUAAUAACUUUUAAGAUUGCUCGUGGACUGAGUUAGCCAAAAGGAAGACAGCUUUAAGAGUUCCCUGCCUUAAGAGAUGUCAGAUUUCUGAUUAAGAUGUGAAAGCUUGAAGAAUGUUACAGUACACACCAUUUCGGAACUCCUAGUGUAGUUUAGGAAUGAAGAUUGUUGGAAUAACAAUGAAGGAAGAUCUUAAAUUGCCAAGAUUUGCUUUUGCCAGCUUUUAGCCCAAGUCAAUUAAUUAAGCCAUCCUGUAUUAUCAUAAAACUGCCAAAAUGCUGCAUCUCGUUAAAUGGGAGAAAUUUGUCCUAUUUGCUUUGUGUACCCACCCUGCCCUAUAAGGUCUGUAAUCAUGAAGAUGGAAUAAAUUGUAAUACUUAGUUUCA